UAAUUUCAGUGGUAAAAUUGCUCUCGCCUAGGUAGUCAUUUGAGAGUCAGAGAGCAUGAAACAGACUGAGGGGUUAUCAGGACCACUCAUCUCGUAAUUAAUCGUCUCUUUUAACCUCCUGUAUAUAUCCAAAAGACAGUUAAAGGUAGCGACAGAAUGCCCUGUACUUGAAAGGAGUCUCUACUGCUGAGGGAUAUUCAAUAUAACUGUCAAAGCUAGUGCACAUUCUACUUAGUCUAGUUCUACUGCUGAGGGUGUAGUUGGAGAUCCAUAAUGCAGGCUACAAAAUGCUGGGUGAUUAUUGCACUCUGUUCCACGAGGGUGACUUUGGUAGAUCCAGCCACCACUUUUGUCAUCAAUUCUUAUCCUGAUUCAAAAUAUACCACAGAUCCUACCAGUACUAGCACUUCAACAAAUCCCUACAGCACAAAUGACAGAAACUUAGACGAUGCAACCACAGCGAAGGACAGGCUCGACUUCUCUUUGCCUGAUAUGCCUAUUCCAUCCUCCUCUACAUCUCCCCUGCCACCGAUGGGAACCACACCUUUCAAUCAGAAAACGUGGCAAACUGCUACACGUCCAGCAGAGGUCCAGCCUCUCGUCCAGUCAGAACUCACUCUAGAGGGCGCUGGUUUACAGCCUACCAGACAACAGCAGAUCAAAGGAAAACACAAUCGAAAAUUGAAAGGUUUUUCUGCAGUCCAGGCUAAAUUCAUCUGGCUCUUUGGAUCCAAAGAUGAAGGAGUUGAUUAUGAGAAAAUGUUGGGAAAUUUUGGUGUUGCAGUCGAUUUUCACAAAGAAUUUUCUAAAGAAUCAGCAGCAGGCAUCUAUCACAUGAAUGCCCUAGAUGCAAAUGAAGAUGACUUUCAUUUGCUGAAAAAACUUGCUCUUAGAAAACUGAAAGAAUCUUUGCUGAAACAAGGCAUUUCAAAAAUAAAACUGAAGGUCAAAUCAAUGAUUUCAAAGUAAGCAACAGCAUAAAUUUUGAACAAAAUAUGUAAA